UGCAAUAUUUGCGCGAAUGAUUUGUUGAUGCUCUCUGGUAGUGUUGUGAUUGGAAUAGCAUUCUUUAUUCUCUCUUUUUUUGGUAAUUUGUAAUUUGAAGUGAAUGCAACAUCCCUGCCCAUGGAGGCAGGGAUAACAAAAACUACCAUGACUGCAUAAGCACGUUCCUCUGCUAACACUCAGGUCUCGUUUAAAUGGCUUCAGUGUUGGAAUUAUCGGAUGUUCUCAAUCAUUCAAUAUCUUCCAAAGUUAAACAUUGUAAACAAAUUUGUAUCCGCUUCCUAACUAAUCAAAGCAUUGAUGAUGGGAUACGGAAUUCUAGCUUAACUAUACAACCCAGUACUAAUUAUUCUCUUACUAUAUACAGAGAUAUUUUCACUAUAUAUUCUUCUCUUUUGCAGAGUUGUAACAGUAUUAGAUCACUUAAUCAAAUCCAUUCCCAGAUUUUCACGGCAGGGUUGGACGAAAACAUUGUUUUAGGUGCCAAACUUGUGAACAUGUACGCUAUGCUUGACAAAAUGGAUUGUGCACGCCAAGUGUUUGACAGAAUGCCUACACGAAAUAUUUACUUAUGGAAUGCUUUAAUUAGAGGGUAUGCUAGAAAUGGACCGUGUGAGGAAGCCUUGGCACUGUAUUACCAAAUGCAAGAGGCUGGAAUACAACCGGACAGGUUCACCUUUCCCGUCGUUCUCAAAGCGUGUGCAGAGCUAUCAGAUCUGCAAGAGGGAAGGAAGAUACACGAUUGCAUCGUAAGAAGUGGGUUUGAGGAUGGUGUUUUUGUGGGGAAUUCUCUCGUUGCUAUGUAUGCCAAGUGCGGAAGGAUUGAUGUUGCACGACUAGUGUUUGACAAAAUGCCUGAACGAGAUGUAGUUUCAUGGAAUGCGUUGAUUGAUGGACUUGUGCAGAAUGGACAUGAGAGGGAGGCAUUGAGACUGUUUGAUGAAAUGAUAAUGGCAGGGAUCGAUCCAGGUGAGGUUAGUUUUGUGAGUGUGCUACAGGCCUGCGGUCGUUUGGGAGCUCUGCAACAGGGUAAGUGGAUCCAUGAACAUAUAACUCAAUGUGGGCUUCUUUCAAAUGUUAAAAUUAGCAAUUCCCUCGUGGCUAUGUAUGCCAAAUGUGGGGAUCUAAGAGUUGCCCGCCAGUUGUUCAAUUCUAUGUCUAUUACUGAUCUUGUUUUAUGGAAUGCAAUGAUUGCUGGGUAUUCUCAGAAUGGGUAUGCCAAUGAGGCUUUGGAACUCUUUCGAAAAAUGCAACUUUCAAACAUUCUUCCCGACUCGGUUACUAUGGUGAGCUUGCUCCAAGCAUGUUCCCAUUUGGCAGCUGGCCUGAUAGGUGAGUGUCUCCACAGUUAUGUAGUUAGAAGUGGUUUUCGGUUUGAUGUCAUUUUGACCACCGCUUUCAUAGACAUGUAUGCCAAAUGCGGCAAUAUGGAGAUUGCACGGAAGUUGUUUGAUAGGAUGCCCAGAAGAAAUGAAAUUUGUUGGAAUGCAAUUCUUGCUGGGCAUGUCCAGAACGGGCAAUUUAGUCAAGCUUUGACAUUGUUUAACUAUAUGCAGCUGUCGUACAUGAAACCGAACUGUGUAACCAUGAUAAGCAUCCUCCCAGCUUGUGCGCAUCUAGCAGCUCUGCACCAAGGCAAAUGGAUUCAUAGUUACAUAAUUAAAAGUGGACUUGAGUUGGAUAUAGCUGUAGGAACCGCCCUUGUAGACAUGUAUGCCAAAUGUGGAAGUAUAGAGAUAGCACGCUUUCUUUUUGACAAUAUGUCUAAUAGAAAUGUGAUUUCAUGGAAUGCAAUGAUUGCUGGGUAUAUUCAGAAUGCACAAGCUAGUGAGGCCGUGACACUCUUCAAUCAAAUGCAACAGGGGAACUUGAAACCUGACAUGGUCAGUGUAAUUAGUGUGGCCUCGGCAUGUGCCAAUUUAGCUGCUCUGCAGCAAGGUAAGGCAAUCCAUAGUUACAUAAUUAAACAUGGAUUUGAGUCAAAUGUUGUUGUCGGAAAUUCCCUUAUUGAUAUGUAUACAAAGUGUGGUAGCGUAGACAAUUCACAUCAAAUGUUCAACAACAUGUUCAAUAGAGAUGUUGUCUCUUGGAACACAAUGAUUUCAGGAUAUGGUAUGCAUGGCCGGGGUGAAGAUGCUCUUGUGCUUUUUUCCCAAAUGCAACAUACUGAAAUCACUCCAGACUCCAUCACGUUUAUUUGUGUUUUGUCUGCUUGUAGUCAUGCGGGUUUAGUGCACAAGGGCUGGGAAUAUUUUGAGUGCAUGAGUCGAGAUUAUUGCAUCACACCUGCACCACAACACUAUGCAUGCAUGGUUGAUCUUCUUGGUAGAGCUGGGUGUCUGGAUGAGGCAGAAAACUUCAUAAAAAAUAUGCCAAAUGAACCUGCUGCUAGUGUGUGGGGUGCAUUGCUUGGCGCCUGCAAAAUUCACCGCAACGUUCUUCUUGGAGAACGUGUGGCAGAACACCUCUUUCACUUAGAACCUGAUAAAGCUGGAUACUAUGUGCUCUUGUCAAAUAUAUAUGCUGCCUCUGGCAGGUGGGAUGACGUUUCAAAGAUUAGAACAUUGAUGAAAGAUAGGGGUAUAAAAAAGACACCAGGGUGCAGUCUAAUAGAGGUAAAUAACCAAAUUCAUGCAUUUGUUGUUGGAGACGAGUCACAUCCUCAAUCUGAGCAAAUAUAUGCAAUGUUGAAAAGUUUAGCUAGAGAGAUGGAAGAUGCAGGGUAUGUGCCUUGCACAAGUUCCGUUCUACAUGAUGUGGAGGAAGAGGUGAAGGAGAACAUGCUCUUUAGUCAUAGUGAAAAGUUAGCAAUAGCCUUUGGGCUUAUCAGUACAAGCCCUGGAAUGCCUAUCAGGAUCACAAAAAAUCUCCGUGUUUGUGGUGACUGUCACAAUGCAACUAAAUUCAUUGCUAAGAUUGUCAAGAGAGAAAUAAUUGUAAGGGAUGCAAAUCGUUUCCAUCAUUUUAAAGACGGGUCAUGCUCCUGUGGGGAUUAUUGGUGAUAAUGAUAGCUCGGGAAUGGACAUUCAAAUAGAGAAAAGUUUCAAAAUCAUCAGUGCCAAUAAUUUCCUUUUAGAUAAAACUAUAUAAAUUUUCAUAAAACAAAAGAACAUUUUUUAAAGUUUUUAUAUUUUAUGGUUGA